UAACAGAGCAAGAGUCCCCACUUGAAAAAUACCUACAGCACAUUGCAAGCAAGCAAACAACAAAAGGAAGACAGAAGCCCUCUCCUUGUAAAACAAGACAAUUCCAAAACUCAUUAGAUUGAUUUUCACGGACACAUCCCAAAAUUAUACACACUCUCUCUCUCUAGACUCCCCGCCUCUUUUGGACUCUCUCUCUCUCUCCCCAUUCCUCUCUAGCCUGAGGACCACUACGAGACUUUCCCACAUCUCCAGUGCCUAACCUUCCUCACAUACUGAAUAUUCAACACCGUCUCUGUGAAAAGUCUUAGUAUCACAGAACAAGACUUUACUGCAAUCCAAGCAUUCAGUUUAUAGUCAGAAUCUUGCAUUUUCGUGAUCUGCAAUUCACUGUACAUCGACUGCUACUUGGUACGUUAUGCUAACCCCUUGUUGGAUCCGAUAAUGUCCGAUCUUGGCUCAAGAAAAGCUUUAUUUUUUGAACCCAUAUGUGCUUUGUAUGUAAUCGUGUAAAAUUGGUUCUGGGUUAUGUAGUAUCAGCUCUAGAUCCGCAGCAGUUUCUUCUGCUUGGAACAGUUUCUUUGUUAAAGACCCAUGUUGUAAAAUUCAUAACGCUUUUACUUUUCUCUUCUAAGAUUCAAUUUAGGAUUCUGGGUUUCUAGUUUUGAUAAUUAUCCAAGAUUUUUGAGUCUUGGAACCGUUUUCAGUCCGGAAAUGCUUUUUUUCUUUUUGGGUUUUAUAUGAAACAAAAUCCCAGAAGUUGAAUUCGACUAUACUUUUAGUAUCAAUAUGCAAUCGAGGGCUGUACAAUUAGAGGAAGGCAAGGAACCUACGGUUAUAAACAGGACAAACCAAUCUAAAGCCUUGCCGUUUAAGGUGCUUCAGUUACUUGUGCCGGUUCUGGCUCUCUGCAUUGCCUUCUCGGUCAUUAGUAUAUACACAAUUCGGCACUUUGGCAUUAGUAGUGUAGUGACAACGGUGACAUCCACAUCACAGCCGUGCCAUGAUGAACCGACAAGUUUGGAGCAAUGGAUUAGGCCACCAGUGAAUUUAAUCCAUGCUAUGACUGAUAAGGAACUAUUGUGGAGGGCCUCUUUUGCGCCUCGGAUAAAAAAGUAUCCUUUUCAGAGAGUUCCCAAGAUUGCAUUUAUGUUCUUGACUAAGGGGCCGCUGCCGCUGGCACCUCUUUGGGAGAAGUUUUUGAAGGGGCAUGAAGGGCUUUAUUCGAUAUAUGUUCAUUCACUGCCAUCAUUCCAGGCCAACUUCCCACCUUCAUCAGUUUUUUAUAGGAGACAGAUCCCUAGCCAGGUCUCUGAGUGGGGAAGGAUGAGUAUGUGUGAUGCUGAGAGAAGACUCCUUGCUAAUGCGUUACUCGAUAUCUCCAAUGAAUGGUUCAUUCUCCUCUCCGAAUCAUGCAUUCCGGUCUAUAAUUUCAGUGCCAUCUACCACUAUUUGAUGAAAUCUAGACACAGCUUCAUGGGCGUGUUUGAUGAUCCGGGACCGUACGGGAGAGGCCGCUAUAACGAGAACAUGGCCCCUUUGGUAGAUAUUACCCAGUGGCGUAAAGGGUCUCAAUGGUUCGAAGUACACCGGAAGCUUGCCAUGAAUAUUGUGGAAGACACCAUGUUUUACACAAAAUUCGAACAGUUUUGUAGACCUGCAUGUUAUGUGGAUGAGCAUUAUUUCCCCACCAUGUUAACCAUCCAAGCGGGGAAUUUAUUAGCAAAUAGAAGCAUCACUUGGGUGGAUUGGUCGAGGGGUGGAGCACACCCAGCUAGUUUUGGAAGAGCCGACAUCACGGACGAGUUUUUCAAACGAAUUCUUGAAGGUCAAAACUGCAGUUACAAUGAUCGGUCCUCUUCAAUUUGUUUCCUAUUUGCAAGAAAAUUUGCUCCAAGCUCCUUGGAACCCCUAUUACAAUUGUCAACAAAGGUUUUGGGCUACUGACACUAAAAAAAUGGGACAGCAGCAAAAGUUCUUUGUGCCAUACAUGUUGAAAUGGCAUCAUUUGUGACAUUAACUAUGUGUUUUCUCUUGUAUACGUUGAGUUCUUUGGCAAUGCCACAAUCUAGAACAGGUUUUACAUGUACACAGAGUAGCAUUUAGCAUCAUAUCCACAUUUUUGUUUUGUGAGUUUUGAUGUUCCCUGCCU